AUGAAGUUCUCCCUCGCCGUCACCGCCGCCGUCUCGGCCGUCGCCUCUGCGCAGACUCUCAACAUCCCUACCCGCUCUGGCAGCAUCGUCUCUCUGGCCCAGCCUUCCACCAUCAGCGGCUCCAAGGACUUCGGCAACAAGGAGUUUGACCGUGGCCGCACCUGCGACACCGACGCCGACACCGGCUCUGACUCUGCCGUCUUCAUCCUCGAGAACGGUGCCAGCAUCAGCAACGUCAUCAUCGGCUCCAACCAGCUCGAGGGUGUUCACUGCAAGGGUGCCUGCACCCUGACCAACGUCUGGUUCCGUGACGUCUGCGAGGACGCCAUCUCUGCCCUCGGCAGCGGCAACGUCCUCAUCAAGGGCGGAGGUGCCCAGAACGCCAAGGACAAGGUCGUCCAGCACAACGGCCGCGGCACUGUUACCAUCGAUGGCUUCACCGUCAUCAACGCCGGCAAGCUUUACCGUGGCUGCGGUGACUGCACUGGCAACGGCGGCCCCCGCAACGUUGUCAUCAAGAACGUCAAGGCCUACGGCAUGACCUCCGACCUUGUCGGUAUCAACUCCAACUACGGCGAUGUGGCCACCAUCAGCAACUCUUGCGGAACCACCAAGAAGGUCUGCCAGGAGUACAAGGGUGUGACCAAGGGCAACGGCAGCUCCUCCAAGGUCUCCACCACGGCCAACUGCCAGGGCGCCCAGGGCAAGCUCUCCAAGCUCCCCGCCUGCUAA